ACCUAAUCAUACAUGGAAAUCAGAAAAUUAUUUAACAACAGACAUUGUGAAUCAGGCUUGUGGCUUGCGUUGUGUGAUAAAUGUGUGAUUUGUGGUACUUUCUUGUGUGAGUAAAAAGUUUCUGGUGUUCCGUUGCUUUUUCGUGAGAAUUGUGGGUUCUUCCAUGCACGCUUUCUAUUUUCUGACGCUAAGGAAGGAUUUGUAAACAAAUUUCAUUUUUGACUGGCCACAAAUAUACGAAAAGAUGUCACAAAAACGUAGGAUUGAAGUUGUGGAUCCCUACGUCAAGCGGAAGGCGGAUGGAUCGAUAUCAGCUAGCACACCAGUGGUUGCUGCAACACCAAAAAAUCAAGUACAGCUCAAUCCCUAUACCGGAUUGCCCUACACUCCACGCUAUCAUGACUUUUACAAGAAACGAAUUACUUUGCCAGUUUUCGAAUACCGGACCGAUUUUAUGCGGCUUCUCGCCCAAGACCAGUGCAUUGUCCUCGUAGGAGAAACGGGAUCGGGAAAAACCACCCAAAUUCCGCAAUGGUGUGUCGAGUACUCGAGGAGUAUCGGAACAAAAGGAGUCGCGUGUACCCAGCCCCGUCGUGUAGCAGCCAUGUCAGUGGCUCAACGAGUUUCCGAAGAAAUGGACGUGGCUCUCGGUCAAGAAGUCGGUUACAGUAUCCGUUUUGAGGAUUGCAGUUCCGCAAGGACAGUUCUCAAGUACAUGACUGACGGUAUGCUGCUCCGCGAGGGUAUGUCGGAUCCAAUGUUGGAAGCUUAUCAAGUGAUCUUGCUGGACGAAGCUCACGAACGAACUUUAGCCACCGAUUUGCUAAUGGGUGUUUUGAAGGAAGUCGUCAAGCAAAGAAAGGACCUGAAACUGGUGAUUAUGAGUGCCACACUCGAUGCCGGCAAAUUCCAGCAAUAUUUUGACAACGCACCUCUGAUGAAUGUGCCUGGUAGAACGCAUCCAGUCGAAAUUUUCUAUACACCGGAACCGGAAAGGGACUAUUUGGAAGCGGCUAUCAGAACAGUCAUUCAGAUUCACAUGUGUGAGGAGGUUGCUGGUGAUUUGUUGCUCUUUUUAACGGGUCAGGAGGAAAUUGAGGAGGCGUGCAAGAGAAUCAAACGGGAAAUGGACAACUUGGGACCGGAAGUUGGCGAAUUGAAGUGUAUACCAUUGUACUCGACUCUGCCGCCGAAUUUGCAGCAGAGAAUUUUCGAGCCAGCGCCACCCACCAAACCGAAUGGGGCGAUUGGUCGCAAGGUGGUUGUUUCGACAAAUAUUGCCGAGACGUCGCUGACAAUUGACGGUGUUGUUUUUGUGAUUGAUCCCGGAUUCGCGAAACAGAAGGUCUACAAUCCGAGAAUCAGGGUGGAAUCGUUGCUGGUUUCGCCGAUUAGUAAAGCCUCCGCGCAACAGAGAGCUGGACGUGCUGGUCGAACUCGUCCCGGAAAAUGUUUCCGCCUCUAUACCGAGAAGGCUUAUAAAAACGAAAUGCAGGACAAUACCUAUCCGGAGAUUUUGAGAUCGAAUCUGGGAAGUGUGGUGUUGCAGUUGAAGAAACUCGGAAUUGACGAUUUGGUUCACUUUGACUUUAUGGAUCCACCCGCGCCUGAGACGCUGAUGAGAGCCUUAGAAUUAUUAAAUUACCUCGCAGCCCUCGACGACGAUGGAAAUUUGACGGACUUGGGCGCUGUGAUGGCAGAAUUUCCACUCGAUCCUCAGCUUGCAAAAAUGCUUAUUGCUUCCUGCAACCACAAUUGCAGCAACGAAAUUCUCAGCAUAACUGCCAUGCUUUCAGUCCCACAGUGUUUUGUGAGACCGAACGAGGCCAAGAAAUUGGCUGAUGAAGCCAAGAUGCGAUUUGCACACAUAGAUGGCGAUCAUCUCACAUUGUUGAAUGUCUAUCACGCCUUCAAACAGAAUAUGGAAGACCCUCAGUGGUGUUACGACAACUUUGUAAACUACCGAUCCUUGAAAAGUGGAGACAACGUGAGGCAGCAGUUGAGCAGAAUUAUGGACAGAUUUCAUUUGAAGAGGACCUCAACCGACUUUACGUCCAAAGAUUAUUACAUCAACAUUAGGAAAGCUUUGGUGAACGGUUUCUUCAUGCAGGUUGCACAUCUGGAGAGAACGGGCCACUACCUAACAAUAAAGGACAACCAGGUAGUUCAGCUUCAUCCGAGCAGUUGUUUGGAUCACAAACCAGAGUGGGUAAUUUAUAAUGAGUUCGUCUUGACCACGAAAAAUUACAUCAGGACAGUUACUGACAUCAAACCUGACUGGUUGUUGAAGAUUGCGCCACAGUAUUAUGAUCUGCAGAAUUUCCCCCAGUGCGAAGCAAAGAGACAACUGGAAGUGAUUCAGACAAGAAUUGAAUCCAAGCAAUUUCAAGAAGGCUUCUAACCUUUAGAGUUGUUAGCCACGUAUUGAAAAUCUCGUGAAAUGGGUAGAGAAAUUUGGUUUAAUCGCCUCUUUUCUAAACACUCACGAAUACUUUGAAUGAUCAAGUUCCAGCAGCAGUGAAUCAUCAUUAAUUUCAAACUUUAUUUAAACAUCAAUCGUGAAAAAUCAGUUUAUUAGAAAGAUUUCAUCACCAAAUAGUCGAUUGCAGUUUUAACGAUAGCUUAGAAGAGAGCUGAAUAAUAAUUCGGAAAAUGAUGUUGCUUUAUUUCCUUGAAAUUCGUAAACUGUCGAUCCUUUUGAAUAAAGCAGUCUGAUUUGGCAAUUCGAUCAUAUAUUUCCACCCGAUUUGUGGAUGUACCUAAUAAUAGUGGUGACAGUGAGUAUAAAGAAAAGUGCGAAAUAAAUAUGAUCAUGUAUGAAUUUAUUUAGAAUGCCCUGAUGCUGGUGGAGACAUGAGCACUCUCGGUCGAUUAGACAAUUUUCUACUGUGCAUUAUAAUGAUUGAAAUAUGUUCAAAAUAAAAGUAUACGUGUAAGGCAUUUUUUUUCUGGGUAAUAAACUUGUAGUUUUCUCGAA